CCAGUAUCUCUCUGGUAAUUGGCCUUCUUGUUGUAGACCAGGGUACUCCAAACAUCAUGGUUGUGGGAGUGACGGAGUUGGCGCCGCUGAACACCACUCAUCUGUACGAUACAUAUGACUACUUCAUCCAUCCCCACUGGAAGCAGUUCGAACCCGUGUCGGAAACAUGGCACUACUUCAUCGGUCUUUUCAUCACAUGUAUUGGCAUCAGCGGUGUAAUUGGUAACAUCGUGGUCAUUUCGAUCUUUACCUCCACCAAGACGCUCAAGUCCCCUUCCAACAUGUUGAUCGUCAAUCUUGCUCUAAGUGAUCUAACUUUCUCGGCUGUCAAUGGAUUUCCUCUCUUGACUGUAUCUGCUUUCAAUACUAAAUGGGUGUUCGGUGAUGUCGCCUGUCAAUUCUACGGGUUUAUAGGAGGUAUAUUUGGACUCAUGUCAAUCAACACAUUGGCUAUGAUAUCUAUUGAUCGAUGUAUUUGUAUCACCAGGCCACUUCAGGCGGCAAGAAUCAUGACGCGAAAGACGGCUUUCCUCAUGAUCGUCGUCGUUUGGGUUUGGGCAGUUGGAUGGUCCUUGUUGCCAUUUUUUGGUCUGGGAGCCUACAUUCCUGAGGGAUUCCAAACCUCGUGCACGUUUGACUAUUUGACCAAAAGCCUAUCAAACAGGAUAUACAUCAUAGGUAUGUACGUCUUCGCCUUCGCCCUACCUCUAGUACUGAUUAUUGGCUCAUACAUCAUGAUUAUUGGUGCUAUCAGAAAACAUGCAAGGGAAAUGGCCAGCAUGGCUGACAAACUCAACGCCGAGGAAGCAGAAAAACAGGAAAAAACUAAAGCAGAGAUCAAAAUUACCAAAAUUGCCAUGAUGCUUAUCUCGCUUUUCAUCCUGUCAUGGAGUCCCUACGCUACCAUUGCCUUAAUGGCCCAGUUUGGAGAUCCAAGUUUUGUCACUCCACUGAUGUCGGAAAUGCCGGUGAUGUUGGCGAAGGCCUCCGCUAUGCACAAUCCUAUCGUGUAUGCGCUCAGUCAUCCGAAAUUCCGCGCCGCUUUAAAUGAAAAGGCACCUUGUUUCCUCAACUGUUGCAGGCCAAGUCCAAAACCGCCGGCAGAACCCCCAUCUAGAGCGCCGGUCGGACGCACCGCCAGCGAAUGCAGUGCCUCGACGGUCGCAAGUUCCUAUGGACCAGGAUAUGAAAUGCAACCGACUAUGAACCAAGGAGUCAACUCAGGUGAACUUGUCAAAGAACUGGUUGGCGCUAUCGUCUCAAUGGCUAACAACCAACCAAAAACCGUCCAGCCUGUUUUCAUCCCGGGAACCGGAAGCGCUGCCGCUACGCCUGUGGCAGUACCCUCGACGCCAACACCAACAGCUGAACAAGUGCAAACCACAUCAGCAGUCAUUGAAAAGGCAACAAAGGAGCUGAAAGCUUAAAGUGAUAUUGGUGAAAGGACAGAAUUUAAUGAAACUGUCAAAUUGAUUACAUCACGAAGAAUAGAAGGCCCGUGGUUUUUGGAACACCAUUUUAAAAUUAUGGUGCAGUGUCUCAGAAUUCCUUUAUAGGAAUUGGAAAAACCGGACUGAGAUUCUAAGAACAAAGCAUCACGAGGAUGAAAAGUACAAGAAGGACUUUAUGUUUCCCACAUUCCCUGCAGGUAUAAGUAACUUAGUUUUGAUAGUGCUUCGUGAUAAAGAUAACAUAAAGCUCUACAUAUAAAAUGUCGAACAUUGAAUAACGUUUUUUGAUAUAAAUAAGGGGUUUUACAACCUUUUUUCUUUAUGGAACAAUUUGAUUUCUCUUAGUUAUAUAGUUUUAUUUAAUAUCCGUAUCCUUAUGUUUUCGUAGAUAAUCUUGGGAAAUAAACACGUCUUUCUUGAA